CCGGGGGCGGGCGCACUUCCUGAGAGCCGCCUCCAGGGCUUCCGGUCUGGACCGGAAGUGGUGGUUACUAAGGCGACGCCAAGCUGCUGGCCCAGCUUUCCAGAAUUUCAUAGAAAUUCCCAGUGCCACCUUCUGUGAUGUCAUCCCCCAAAGGAAGUCAAGCCCAGAAAACAAGGCUGCCCAGUUUUACACGAAAGGUGCCGCUGGAGGUGCCAUCCCCAACAGAGAAGGACUGGUCUAAGGAUGAUGAAGAGGAUUAUGUCUUCAAGGAUCCGGAUGAGGAGCUGGAUUCCCUGCCUCAGCCUUAUCGCAUGAUCAACAAGCUGGUGAACCUUCUGUUUGACCGGUCGUGGGAAGUUAUCGAGGAGAGGGACGCACUGAGGAAAUCUGAGCUCAGCCGCAUCCGGCCCACCGUCUACCCUCCAGUUGUGGAAAGCAAGCUCAACAAAAUGCCAAAUUGUAUGGCGAUUUCCCAAGACUACGUGUUUAUUGGAGGAGCCAGAGGAUUCUCCAUCCAUAGUCUGUUCAAUGCUAAACAAAUAUACGUUUGGGAGAAACUUAAGGUUGAUGUCACUUCCAUCUGUGCCACAGAUUUGGGGAGUGAAAUACUUAUUGCUCCUGUGGACGAAAUAGGCAUCGUUAGACUGUUCUAUCUUUAUAAGGAUGGUCUUUGCCUCAUCAAAGCCAUCAACGAAGUGGAGGACACCAGCAAGCAAUCCACCUGCCUAAAGAUGGAGAUUUCUCAAGGAGGGGACUUUGCAGCCUUCUUCCUACAAGGAGCCGGAGAUAUUUGGCUGGAUGUGUAUAAAUUGCCCAAGGAGUCCUGGCUCAAGGAAGUGGAGCACCCGCAACUCAGUAUAAAUCCGAAGAAAAAAGUCAGACAGCUGCAACUGAACACUCUUGAUGCCAUGACUUCAGAUAAUUUAGAAAUGGAUAUUUCUUUUAGAGGAGAUGUUAAGCUGAGUCUUCCAGUUCACAUAAUGAAGAUCAAACCACCCAAACCAGUCACAGGUACCACAUUUAAAAGCCCCCUGGAAGUCUUUGCGAAGAUCGAGGACUGCUACGGGCUGGGCUCCGGACAGAAUCACUUCAUCAGGGAGAGUCAGUGGGAGCAGCAGGCGGCAGUCUUCAAUGCCUCCUACAAGAAGUACCUGGAUGGGGAGUGGGAGGAGGAGCCACUUAGUAUGGCCACCUUCCAUUUCCUCCCUCCUGGCUGCAUAACUGCAACGCCAGUGGACGUCAAGAGCCCCUCAGGGGUGGCCUAUGUCCUUGGCGUACAUUGGACUGGAAGUCACAACUUCUUCCUCUAUUUGCUCAACCGAACUCUGAAGGAUAAACUUGACCCCGAGGGCGUGUGGCCCUGCGCUGCGCCCAUUGCAGUCUCUCAGCUCAGCUGCUCCUCCUCCUACCUGGUGCUGGCCUGCGAGGAUGGCGUGCUCACGCUCUGGGACUUGGCCGAAGGAUUCCCUCUCGGGGUUGUCGCUCUUCCUGAGGGAUGUAUCUGCCAGAGCAUUCACUUCCUAAAAUACUUCUUAGUCCAUGAAGGACGGAACGUGUUCCCUGAGGGCCCAGUGAAGUCCCAAAUGAAAUGCGUGGUGCUGUGCACAGAUGCUUCUCUCCACCUGGUGGCUGCCCAGGGUUCUGAGGCACCCACCAUCAGUGUGCUCGUUGAGAGGCCUGUAAACCACCUGGAUGAAGCCGUCUGUGCAGUGGCCCCAGUCCCAGCCUUACCUGGGAUGGUGCUGAUCUUUUCCAGAGAUGGCCAUGUGCACCUCAUGGAUGUUGCCAAGCCUCACAUCAUCUGUGCCUUUGCUCCCCCGAGACCCUACCAUCUGGCGGUCCCGUGGAAGCCAAUGUUUGUUGUGUCUUUCCACCACCCGUGUUUCCUACUCCGAGGAGACCAUCCCGAUGAAAUUAAAUCCACCGACGAUGCCAAGAACAUCCAAAAUUCUCUGUUCUAUUUUAAUUUUGAGGCCUACCCACUCCUGGAAAACAUCUCAAGAAAUUGCAGCAUUCCUCAGUCUGCCCUGACAGCUAACAUGGGCUUCCCCCAUGAGCUGCCCUUGGAGAAGAGGUGCGAGAGUUUCCUCCAGAAAAGCGAGGAAGCGGAGGCGGACAGCGGUCAAACCGCCCGUUCACAGUCAUCAACUCACAGUGACGGAGCUGGUUUGGAACACAGCCGUGCAGGUCCGAAGCCGGAGUCUCUGACCUGGGCACACUCAGCCCCCGCAUCCCCCGCCUCCACGGGCAGGGCCGCCCUGGUGGCACAGAGAGGAAAGACGAGGAGGGUCUGUGAGCGCCUCGCAGACGGGAUGGAGGGUAUAUCGUCAGGGAAAAAUGCAGGGUGCACAACAGCGUGUCACACACUUUCAUUUAAGUAUAAAAAAAAGAUUAUUUGCACGUCUAUGCUUGUGUGUGUGAACAAUUUUCAAGGACUUACAAGGAGCUGUUAAUUAUUGUCACUUUGGGAACAGGAAACAAGGGUCUCAGGGGAGAAGGAGAUUCGCUUUUAAUCGCAUACCCACUUGCAGUCUUUGAUUUUUUUAAAAACAGCGACGUAAGGAUGACUAUUUUGAGUUAAAAAGCGUUUUAAUGCCUUGAGUAGCAGACACAGCUCCAUGUAGACGUCCCACAGGCAGAGCCUCCAACAAACGCAAAGCCGCGGUCACUGUCGCCCCUCCUCUGUGCACCCUGCGCUGUUUGUCCUCCUCGCUCGCACAGGUUCCCAUGGCAGAGGCCCCGUGACAGCCCGCACCGGCUCCACCUCCGCCUCCACCUCCACCCCUCACGGCGCCUGCGCUGGGGCAGAAGGGGCUGAAUCCCGGGUCUCUCUGGCUUUUCUGUAUUGAACAUGCAUUUAUUUGCUAUUAAAAAAAUAACUUCCUAUUUAA